CUUCGUCCCUGCCCCCCACCGCCACAAGCACAAGUCCAGUCUCCGCCGCCGCUCGCGGACCAACUCCCAGCACUGCGCGACGCCCCACCAAGUUCAGGGGUUUGUUUGCAGAGACGAAGAUGAUGAGGCGGUUUGUGAAUCUGGUGACGCUGAACUGGGCCGAACGCGUUUAUUCAGUGCGACGCAUGAAUCCUUACAAGGAGCUCUUCUACGAAUCAGCAAAAGCUGCAAUUGAAGCAGCAGAUGAAGCAAACAUGAAGGAACCUUUUCCAGCGUUGCAGACCCUGCAGCUGCCGAACCCAGCCAUGAACUUCACUGCAACAGACUCUGGAGGCACCCUGGAUAUGUUCUCGCUCUUCAGUCCCCGCGCCACCAAUGAAGGCAGAAUUGUCUAUGCCAAUGCGAUGGGCGAGGCUGGGCUGUACGACGCCGACAAACAUGUACACAGCACCCUGGGCGUCUUUAACGUUCCUAAGGGAACAAGACCCAUGUGCCUGUCCACGGCGCCGCAUCCUGGCGCCAACCAAGACAGCAUGUAUGUCCUGGACAUGUUCCCGGGGAAGGCAGAUGGUAGAUGCUUCGAGGUCCUUGAGUUCGUGUCCAGCGGUCGCAGUGACUUAUCCAACUUCAAGUCUACCUGGCGUUGGCGACUUCUUCCACCGCCUCCCUUCGUCAGCAAACCUGGGUACCAACCCUCCUCUAUCACCGCCUACACCGCAGUAGAUGACGGCAAGGGCUGUUCCACCAUCUACGUGUCAUGUGGUGGCGGAAUUGGCACCUACAGAUUUGAGACGGCACGCCAUGACCCUAGUUGCCGUCAAGGAUGGAGUCCCUCAGAGGAAUGGAGUUACGUUGGGGCAUGGAAGCUUCCCUUUGUUGGUAGAGCUCAGUACGUCUCUGAGUUCAACCUAUGGUUUGGCUUCUUAGAGUUCGGCCCCAACCACCUUUGUGCUGUCGACCUCUCUGCCAUAGACAGUGAACGACCACCCACAGUGCUGCAAAAUUGGCAAGAUCUGAACCCACCUGAGGGACAGGAGUGGCUUCCAACGUAUCUCAAGCUUGUCCACCUGGGCCAUGGCAAGUUUCUCACCGCAAAGAUAUUUGAAUUAGGAGAGACUUGUGAGCAAUUUGCUGUGCUCACCGGCAUAGAGAUGAUUGCUGGUGACCAGAGCCUUAAGAUGGUCAAGCACAAGUGCGCACAUUAUGGCUUCGGGAAUGAAAGCAUCGAGUGGGUGCUCUGAAUGGAUAAUAAUGUUGGGAAUCCCUAAUGUUGCGUGAGUGCCUGUCGCAUUCGCUAUGCUGUUAUCUAUUUCCCUCCUUGGUAGGUUUAUUUUCAUAAUUCAGGGUUUGUGUGUUGGGUCUGUGUAUGGGCACUCAUUCUGAUA